AAAAGCUGAAACCUACCUGACAGUCUCUCUGCUUCUGAAUCCAGCUCUGGAACCAAAUGCAUCCUUUUAUUGCUCUAAAAAGUGAAUAGUUUGAUUACAUCCAGCUACGCCCUGCUUUCCUCCAUAAGAAGGACCCAAAAGGACCUAGACAUCAUUGAUUGUCAAUCUACCUGAGGAGUUUUUGCUUUCUUGAUGGAAAUUUGGUUGUGGAAAGGAGUUUGGAGUUUGUCUUUAAUUGGAAUGUUGAAAAGUUGCUUAUUGAUGCCUGAAAUGGAACUCAGUUUUUAGAUAUGGGUUAAGUCAGAUCUAAAGAAGCCAUGCCUGACCGUUUCCUGCAGGACUGAGGGACACCUAGAGGGAAACUUGGUAGGAGAAAUGACAUCCGAUUGGCAACAACCAUGCUUUAUUUUGAGAAAAUCAUCAGACUCAUUGAGAAGGGAAAUUAAAUAUUGAUCAAGGACAAUGUCUUUCUUCCUCAGUAACUUACUAGCAAAUGACUCUAGCCUGUGGAAAGAAAAUCAUAAUUCUACGGACCUUUUAAAUUCACCAGGAACUCUGAAUAUCUAUCUUUUUUGCCUGACAUUUUUGAUGGCUCUUGCAGCCCUAGCGGGCAGCAUUUUUUCACUCGUGACCCUGCUGGGAAUGCGGAACAGAACAGUCGUGUCCAUGCUCGUGGCUUCCUGGUCUGUGGAUGAUCUCCUGAGUGUCCUGUCAGUGACCAUCUUCAUGUUUUUGCAGUGGCCAAAAGAGCUCCCGGGCUACUUCCAGUCUCUGUGCACCACGUCCGCCUUGCUGUACUUAUGCCAGGGCCUCUCCAGCAACUUGAAAGCGACUCUCCUGGUCUCCUACAACUUUUACACCAUGCACCGGGCUGAGGGGAGCCCGGCGGCCUCUGGCAGACCUGGCCGGGUGCUCGGCGUGGCGCUCACGGUGUGGGCAGCCAGCCUGCUGCUCUCCGCGCUCCCGCUGUGCGGCUGGGGCGCCUUCGUGCGCACGCCCUGGGGCUGCCUGGCCGAUUGCUCCAGCUCCUACGUGCUGCUGCUCUUCUCCGUGUACGCCUCGGCCUUCGGGCUCCUGGCGGGCCUCUCGGUCCCGCUCACUCACCAGUUGCUGUGUUCGGAAGAGCCGCCGAGACUCCAUGCCAACUACCAGGAAAUUUCCCGUGGGGCUUCCACUCCUGAGACCCCUUCUGCUGCGGGGAGAGAGCUUUCGUUGUCUCCUGAGGAUGCUCCGGGCCCCGCUCUGCGCUGCGCUGGGGGAUGUUCCCGGAGUCCGGACACUGCCUUUGGACCCGGUCCGCCGGCGACCUCAGGGGCGGGAGCCUGCAGGCGUGAGAACCGGGGGACACCGUACGGCACCCGGAGCUUCACCAGGAGCGUUGCGCAGAAGCGCUUCGCUUUGAUCUUAGCGCUGACAAAAGUCGUUCUCUGGCUGCCUUUAAUGAUCCACAUGGUGGUCAAGCACGCGGUGGGGCUUCAGAGCCUUCCUUUUGAGACACUCGGCUUUCUACUAACCCUGCUGGCCACCACUGUAACCCCGGUGUUUGUCUUGUCCAAACGUUGGACCCACUUGCCUUGUGGCUGCAUCAUCAACUGCAGGCAGAGUGCUUACUCAGUGGCAUCAGAUGGCAAAAAAACCAAGAGGAGAGGCUUUGAAUUCAAUCUGUCAUUCCAACAAAGCUAUGGGAUCUAUAAGCUAGCACGUGGGGAUUACUAUGACGAUGAUGAAAAUUCCACAUCCUGUCACCACCUGAUGAACCCUGAGUGCACGACUGUGCUAGACUCUCAGAGAGACAACCCCAGGAUCUUCAAUGCCAUCAAAGUGCAGAUCAGCACCACACCCUCUCUGGACAGCGACAGAGUCAGCAGUUUGGAGAAAUGCAGCAGUGCUGACCUUGCAGAGGCCCAGGGAGGUUCUGACCAAGGAAAGGGGGCAUUUUCUGAGAGAUCAGGAGGUGGUGUUGACGAUGAAGAAACCACCUUUUCUGAAGGCCCAGAAAGAAGACUUUCUCAUGAAGAGAAUCAGAAGCCAGACCUCUCAGACUGGGAGUGGUGCAGAAGCAAAUCAGAGAGGACUCCUCGCCAGCGUGCUGGUGGUGGGCUCGCCAUUCCCUUGUGUGCAUUCCAGGGGACGGUAUCUCUCCAGGCACCUACGGGGAAAACCCUCUCUCUUUCUACAUACGAGGUAAGCGCAGAAGGGCAAAAAAUAACCCCGGCCUCUAAGAAAAUAGAAGUCUAUCGAUCUAAAAGCGUUGGCCAUGAACCAAACUCAGAGGAGUCUCACUCCACAUUUGCGGACACCAGUGUGAAAAUACACCUCGAGGUUCUUGAAAUUUGCGACAAUGAGGAGGCCCUGGACACUGUGUCAAUCAUCAGCAACAUCAGCCAGUCCUCCACCCAAGUCAGAUCCCCGUCGCUGCGCUACUCACGGAAAGAGAACAGAUUUGUUUCAUGUGAUCUAGGGGAGUCGGCUUCCUACUCCCUUUUUUUACCCACCAGCAAUCCCGACGGAGACAUCAACAUCUCCAUUCCAGACACUGUGGAAGCUCACAGACAGAACAGCAAGAGGCAGCACCAGGAAAGGGAGGGCUACCAGGAGGAAAUCCAGCUGCUCAAUCAAGCUUACAGGAAGAGGGAGGAGGAAGGCAAGGGGACUUAGCAAUGGGCCUUCUCUAACAGGCAGAGGGGACCUUGCCACCAUACACUGCGCACCAGCCCUCCUUCCAGGGCUGAGGUCCUGCCAUCUCCCGUGGGUGUGAGCUUCACUGCUCUACUAGUUGAUUAUGCUCAGUGUGAGGAACUGGAACCAGUGAAGACACUGAGUGCAUCUUAUGUGCUACCUAAGAUCACACACUGUGGUAAUUAAAUGAUUUCCUGUCUUAUCUGAUUUCUAAAAAAAUCUUUUCUAAGUCAAAUCCUGGCCUAGUUUACUAAUGUGUUUGCCUGUGUUUGUCAUGUGCAUAUACUGAUCCCACGCACAUGUUUCUACACCCAGUGUUGGCCUUCACAGAAAGGGGGAAAGAGGCAUUUUGACAAUGGAAGCAAUGUAGCAAAACUUCAAGUUAUAUUUGAAGAGCCUUGCCUAAAUGUGGUUAGCAAAGCAAGCUUAUUCCAAUUACUGUGUUAUCUUUACACCUGUGUCUAGGAAAUACAUUCUUGUGUUUAAAAGCAAAUUAGCUUCCAUCUUGGAAAUACGCAUGUCUCUAGUUUAUAAAUAGUUGUUUCUUUCAUUUCUAUAAAUGCUGGUUCUUAUUUUUCUCUCUCUCUCAAAUGUAACAGCUAGCCUAUAAAACUAGUAUGUCGUAUGUUACAGGUGUAAUUCAAGGUAGUCUCUAAUUCAAAUAUUAUUGUAAAAGUUUGUGUUAGCUUUCCUUUACUAUAAUACAUACCUGACAUAAUCAACUUACAGAGAGAAAAGGUCUAUUUGGCUCACAAUUUCAGGGACUCCAGUCCAUGACUGGUUGGCCCAAUUGUAUUUAAAGAUGUGCUGGGCAGCACAUCAUGGUAGCAGCAUGUGGCAAAGCCACUCAGGUCAGGGUGAGCCAGGGCGCAAGGGACAGAGGAAGGACCCAUCCCACACUCCCCUUCAAGGGCAUGUCCCAACCACCCAAGGCCCUCCACCAGACCCUACAGAGUCACCCUUUCCUCCCAACAGCACCUUCCUUGGGACAAGACCCUACUACCUGAAUUUUUAAGAUCCAAGCUUCAACAAGGCUGUAAUUGUACACUUCAUCCUGAACUGUCUGGUUUAUUUGAAUGGAAUUUUUUUGGGAAAACUUCCAGAUUAAGUCCUAAGAGGUGCAGGAUAAAGUAGAGGGAAACCCUCUAAGUCUAAAACAAAGUGUCCCUAAGGUGCAAGUUGGGUGAAUUACUUAGACAUUCUUGAAGCACAGUUUUAUUUCAAAUAUUACUUUAAGUUGAAGCACUGUUUUCUUUCUUCCCCAAAGAUAUGUUCUCCCAAAGAAAUGAUUCAAAAUAUGUUCUAUUAAAUGACUUUAAGGUAGACUUUUCAAGAUUAAUUUCAAAAUACAUUAAGUUGCAAAAUCUCCUUUGUCAGUUUAUUAUGAUGUAUAUUUCAAACAUUAUGAAGUGAUUUUUCCUCAAACUGCUUUAUCCUUCUCUUCUGUAUGCAGAUAUUAAAUAUGUCACUUAAAUACUUACUUCCCAAAAUUACUGAAAUGACAUUUUUGUGGCCCACCUCACUUACACCUCAUUUAUUAACUUAUAGAUUGAGUGAAUUGUUCCCUGGAGCAGCUUGUUUUGGUGAUUUAAUUAUACCAACUGAAAUCCCAAACUGAUUCAAAUGGGCUUUCAGAUGACUUCAUUUUCAGAAGGCAUUUUUUUGCCACCAAGAAAAAAUAAUUUUCAAAAUGAUGAUCUCAGUGGACUUUCUCCAUGUUUUACAUAACUACUCAAUAUCUUGUUAUCUAAAUUUGGGAAGCAAAUGCAAUGCCAUUAGUAAUGUUUGCAAUCAAGUCUUAAAUAAGGCAUACCUCAAAUUUUAACACAAUGACAAAUGUCAAAUCAGUCUAAUGUUAUCAAUCAUUAACAUCAAAUGUCUUUUAAAAAUAAAGGUUAAUGGAAUAUUCCAAUAAUGCUUAAAAGACAGACUGAUAAAUGUAGACAUAUCAUUUUCUAAAGAAGAGGUAUAUGAUACUGCUACUUAAAAAUGCAGUUUUGGGCAACAAGGAAAUUAGAAACAGGAUCAUAAUAAAACUGAAGAGACAGUAAAGAAUGCAAACAAACCCCUUUUAACUGGGCACAAUGAAUGGAAAGACGAUAGAAAUCAGGUCAGAAGAGCAGAGGAACUGGGCUAGAAGACAGCACCCACUUCCCUGCUGUCUUCCACGUUCUUUUCACUGGAGAAGAACACAGCUGGGGACUGAUAAAACGAAACCCACUAGGAUAUACCCUGAACAGCCCUUGGUACUGAAUGACACAAGAGGCACAUUUCAAAAUUCUGCUGUACUGCAGCAGUACUGGGAUGAUGUAGCCCAAAGAAACCUGCUCAUCACAGCAUAAGGCUAAGCUGUGACACCUCGACCCCUAAACCAACAGCGGCUGGGUCUGCAAGAAAGACCAGGCAGAUCUGUGAGCAAGCACAUGUGGCUCCUCCAGACCCACAUGGACAGUGGAGAGGGAAGUUCACUACACAGUCUGCUCAGGCUUGUUUACUCCUUAGAGUGAUUCUAAUGAUCAAAACGUGUUCCUGGCACAGGAACUACCCUUACUGAUAUCUUGUGAUAGAUAUAUUCCGAUCUCUUACUCUUGUAAAAUAUGAUCACAUAGUUGCUCUUAUUAGGAAGUACUUUGGAUAGCUUAUCUCUUUUCUCCAUAAAUUGAUGUAUCUGAGGAUAAAAACAACUUGCUACCUAAUAAAAAUGUCACCAUCUGGUGGCGACAUUACAAACUGCAAACAUAAUUCCUACACCUCUUGAAUAAUAAAAACACAUAAUCUUCCAAACUUCCAAAAGUUGUGACUGUCAGAGGCAACUCAUUCUGAAGACAGAAUUUUUCAGAAUAUAAUAAAGGAGAACUUGGUUAUGCAUCUCUUGGAGGCUUUCUUAACAUGAUCCUACAGGGUUGGAUUUCACAGAUUUCCUCUUAAUUUCUGUACUUUUCCAUUAAUUCCAUUCAUUUCUUCACUACAAUAGAUGACUAGUACACAUUACAAAUUAUUCUAGUUACUUGGAAUUGUAACUGGGAAGAAAAACAAAAUACAUACAUAAAUAUACAUAUUCUGUGAGUCGAGGAACUGCAGUUGGUGAACACAGACCACAUAAGCCUGCCUCCCUCUUGACACAACUGCAAGUUCACAGGGUUCUGUUUGAAUAUUCACUUGAUGGAGUCAUAGAACUCAUGGGAAACUACAUUCAUGGUUAUGGUUUAUUAUGGGCAAAAGAUUACAAAUUGAAAUCUGCCAAGGUUAGAAGUUUUAUAGAGCAGAAUCUAGGAAAACUAAGUGUGGAAUCUGUGUUGCACUUUUCCUGUGGUGUCAUGGACAGCAAUACUUCCCUGGCAUCGGUGUGCGACAACAUAUGCAGAAUACUGCCAACCAGGAAAGCCAUCUGAAACUGAGUCCAGUGUCUUUAAUGGGCUUCAUCACAGUAGGGGCAGAGGUAAGCACGAUGGACUGCUCACCAGACUGAUGCUAGUUUCCAGCCCCUUUGAAGGUCAAGCCAGCAAAAAGUUGCCCAAAGCCCCCACUAUCAAUCACAUCAUUACUGUCUGUCUGGGCCAAGGCCCUCAAAGAUAGCCUGAUCAAGCAUGACAUUGCAGGGCAUUAGAGACUACAUCUCUCUGGAUAAGAUCAGGUUCUUUACUACACAUUACAUAUAUACAUAUAUAAAUGGUACCAACAUAUAGUGAUCCCAUUUAAAAAUUUUGACUUUAUGAAAAAUAUGCAAAAUCCAUACACAUUCAGCAGAAACUAUACUUCUAAUUUUCUGACCUUUCUCCAGGCUAGUGAAACAUGGUAGGUUAAUCUCUUGAGAAGCUGGGAGGCAUCACUGUGCUGGAGUGCCCAGUUAGCCUCAGGAUCCUCAGGCAGACAACGGGACUUGGAGGGUCGUGUUGCUAAGCUAUGACGUUUGGCAAGUUAGGAGCAUCAAACACAUUUUCAGCUUAGGAUACACUCAAUUUCUGAUGGAUUUAUUUGGAUAUAACACCAUCAAGAGUAGUGAAUGUGUAUGUGUGUAUGCAUGUGAGCAUGCAUGCAUGUGUUAAGUACCAAGGAGACCAACUAAAAGCAGAAUCAGGUAGUAAGUGCUGAGGAAAAAAAUUAGAGUAAAGGAAAAUACUGAGUGCAUUUUCUAAUAAUUCAGUCAGGAAAGGUUCAUGAAUAAGAGACUCAAAAUAGGAUGCAUACUAUGAUUCUCUCGGGAAAUCCUAGCCCAGCAAAGAGAGCCACAAGUUUCUGGAAGCAGGAGGGUGCUUGUGGAUGCUGUGGAACCAUCCAGGAGGUCAACACAAAUAUAGAUAAGUGAGAGAGGGAGAGAGUUCUGGAAGGUGGAGGCAGACUGGUGAGGAAGGGAAAGGCAGGUCAGUAGCGCCCUGUAGGCUAGGUAUGGACCUUGGGUCUUAUUCCAGAUGUGGUCCCAGAUGGACAUCUGUAACCGUCUCAACUAGUAAAAUGCUGUGUGACUUCUGAGGUUAGUUAAUGCCAAACAUUUCCUCCUUGCUCUGUGACACCUGCUCUUAGAACCCAGCUCUCAUGCUGCAAGGCUCAAAGGAGGUCACACAGGGAAGCCAAGGGAAGGUCUACAAGGAGGCCUUCCAGCCCACAGCCAACCAAGCUCCAGCCAAAGCCUGCAGGCACCAGCAGAUAUUCCAGGGAAGAUGACUCCAAAUGAUUCUAGAUGCAAACUAGCAAGCCUUCCAGAAGAGAUACCACCUGUCUUGCAGCAAGGAAAAACUCUCUUCUCUAUGCCUUGUCCAAAUUCCUGAUGCAUAAACUACAUAAGCAUAAUGAUUGUUUUUACACCGAAUUUUCAGGUGGCUCACUGUACAAAAAAAAAAAAAAAUACUUGUAACUGCACUUUAGAACCUUCCUCCCCACACAUGUAGCUUAGAAGAGAUGCAGAAGCUGCUGCUUACUACUGCUCAAGAGAUGAGGAGGCAGGUGAUGAUCUAGCUAGUGUUUUUGCCAGAGAGAUUGCUGAGAUGAAGCAAAGUGAGCCAGAAGCUGAAAGUCUCAGGUGGACUACCUGCCAGUGAACCAACUGGAAGGGAAAGCCCACUGCAGGGGGCCCAGGACACAACUCCUGAAGCAAGACUAAAUUAGCCAGGGCCAACCACCAGGCAAUGAUGGGUAUGAGUACAUUAGUAGAAACUUCAUUAAUGAGCACAGGCCAAAGCACCAGAUCAAACCAGCAGCCUCAGAAGAGCAGUCAAUGACAGGGCCAGGGAUGCCAGACAUCUCAAUCAUGCCCCUUCUUAGAGAAAGGGAACAGAGAGAAAAAAGCCUAAUAGGAAGUGGAACUUCAAAAUUACCUGAAACAAGACUGUCUAAAGAGGCUGGGUACAGUAGCACAUACCUGUAAUCCCACAGCUCAAGAGGCUGAGGCAGAGGACUGCAAGUUCAAAGCCAGUCUCAGCAACUUAGGGAGGCCCUCAGCAACUUAGCAAGACCAUGUCUCAAAAUGGAAAAUAAAAAGGCUGGGAAUGUAGUUCAGUGGUAAGGUGCCCCUGGGUUUGGUCCCCAGUACAAAAAAAAAAAAAAAAAAAAACCAAAAA